ACGCCCUACUUUACUGCCACACCCUGUCACAGUACUAAGACAUCGAGGUCGCUGUCGAGCUCAUCGUCCGCAACGAUGCCGCGAGAACCUGAACGCAGAAAAUCAAGCAUAGGAAGUCGCAGGGGCCCUCCAAAACGACAUAUCCCAUUUCGCGGCGACGACCUAGGCCUGGGCAAGAAGACAGGCAUUACUGUUGACUAUGUUGACCCGGACUCGGAUGAAUUCGAGCCUUUUGUAGAGAUCAUGAAACAGGCAGACAAAAGACCCCAACCACAAGUAAAGACAAAGAAGAAGAAGGUAUCUCUCGCCCCACCUUUGGAGCUCGAUGAGGAUGGAGAAAUGUCUAUGGAUCUCGCAGAAAGCAAUCAAGGCAGUCCUUUGGCAUACUUCACGAAUGCGCAUAGAUCAAUUGCUCCGAAUAGCAUUAACAGAAUUGGAUCCUCCUCUCGCGCCAUUCCACGCGUUUCCGAUGUCGAUUAUGACCAAGUACCUUCCCCUCGACCCCGUUCUUCUCUAUACUCCAGACGCUCUUCUUUGGCAAAUGGCGCAGGCCCAUCGAACCUUUCAACAUCUCACACUGCACUCGAUCCAGAACUAGGCUUUGAGGACGCAGACGGCGGGUUUGAUGACUACGAGCCUCCAGAGAAUAAUGCAUCCCCUGAAGUCAGUCCGAGAAGAACAAGCUUUACGCAAAUAGAUCAGGAUGGUGAAGAUGAGGAGGAAGCUGCGGCAAUAGAAGAGGACAUUAUCAGUCGCCCUCAGUCUUCGAGGAAGGGGAAGGGGAGGGCAGAUCCGACUGUUAAUGAUGAUAUCGAGCAAGGUAGUGAUGAGAAUGUCGAAGAUGAAAUAGCUCGAGGACUGGAAGAUGUAGACAACGGUGAAGCAGAUGCAGAGGAGGACCCAGAGAAUGACCCACCUGCUAAGAAGACUCGAACAGAAGAAGAGCAAACGAAGAAAUCAAAGGGGCGACCAAAGAAGGCCGACAAGGUGAUGCAAAGUGCUGAACGAUCGCCAGAUCCACAAGAAGUUCGACGCGGAAAGCGACAUCGAUAUCAGCCCCUGGAGUAUUGGCGUCAGGAGCGCGUAAAGUAUGGUCGUAGGGACUCGGGAGUCACACUUGUGCCGCAGAUCAAGGAAAUUAUACGAGUUCCAAAAGAGCCUAUAGUUACACUGGGGAAAGUGUCAAAGAAGCGGAAACGACCAUCGAAUCCUAAGAAUCCUGAAGAAGGAUGGGAUGACAACACGGAAACAAUGGGGAUCGUCAAGGACUAUGUUACAGGCGAAGAAGUUGAGAGACGUGUUGCGUGGACCAGUAAGAUGGUACAGCCAAAGCAAGCAGCAAAUAGUGAUUGGUUGUUCCAAAAAAUAUUUGGAGACGGGGAUUUCAUAGCAGCUGGUCAACUUGUGAUACCACCAAAAGGUCGUAAACCAAGUAAAGGCUCAAAAGACAACACAUACGUCUUCUAUGUGGUUGAGGGUGCAAUUAGUCUCCAAAUACACGAAACCGACCUUGUCCUUGCAACAGGUGGUAUGUUUCUUGUUCCUCGUGGCAACACAUAUUUUAUCGAGAAUAUCUGUGAUCGUAACGCCAAACUCUUUUUCACCCAAGCCCGGAAGGUUCCGAUGUCAGACGAAGAGUUCUCAGACCGCAUGGCGCAGUCAGUCCCACCUUCUGUCAGACCAAGGUUUUCUGAUUCUGCUGGGCCCUCAGUGGACCCCCGUGGAGGAAAGUCUUCUAGUGCUGCCGUACCACCAGUGAAGAAGGAGAAGAAGGGUACAGGAAACAAGAGAGCAGCUUCGACGAAAGUCUGACACAUCAUAACUUGAGCCUGUAAAAACCCUUCAUGUACAGCACUGAUUUUCGAGGUACAUACUUCAUUAUCAUUUGACUUAUUGAUUUACCCCAGUCACAUUCCAUGUAUCUC